UGUGUAGACUGUAGACUCACUCACUCACUAUAGAUGCUCCUAAAAAUAUCAACAACAAAGUGAGUAGAGUGAGUGAGAAAAUCAGAGGAACAACAAGAAGAAGAAGAGGAAUGGCUGUUUCCGUCACUAUUCUAGUCCUCAUCAUCGCUCUGCAUCUCAUAGCCUUCGUCUUCGCCUUUGGCGCCGAACGACGUCGUAGCGAGGCUAAAGUGGUCCCCGACGAGUACGACGACCAAACCUACUGCCGUUACACCACCGACGCCUCCACCGUCUACGGCCUCGCCGCCUUCCUCAUCUUGCUCCUCAGCCACGGUAUCCUCAACGUCGUCACCAGAUGCUUCUGCUGCGGCAAAGGCCUCGUCUCUGGUUGCUCCACCACUUUCGCCAUCCUCUUCUACAUUCUCUCAUGGUUAAGUUUUUUGGGAGCGGAGGCGUGUUUGUUGGCAGGGUCAGCUAAAAAUGCAUACCACACGAAGUACCGAAGGGACUUUGGGGCGCAUGACUUGUCCUGCUCCACGCUCCGCAAAGGUGUCUUUGCUGCUGGGGCUGCCCUCACAUUGUUCUCCAUGCUGGUCUCCAUUUUGUACUACUGGGCACACUCCAAGGCUGACACUGGAUUCUGGGAGAAGCACCGUAAUGAAGGUCUUGGAUUGGCCACCCACCACCAGGGUGCUGAUUCUGACAAGCCCUGAUCUGAAGAUAGGGUCUAUUCCACUGCCUGGGACAAUGAUUUACUCAAUUUUGGUGGGUUCUGUGUUUACUUUUUUGUUGUUGUAUAUGGGAUGCUUGGUAUAAGGAGGGAGGGAGGGAGGAGCAAUGUUUUCAAACUCUUGUUCAUGUAUUAUUAUUAAAGGGAGAAUAUAUAUUAUAAUAUUUAUGCUGUAUUAGGAGAAUGCUUGAAAGUGGAAACCAUAUAUAUAAUAUAUAUAGAUGAUAGUAGUAUGGUGGUGGUUAAGUUUAGUUUGGAAAUUUUAAAGCUUGUGUUACUCAUUGAA